CUCCCCCCCCUCUGACAGCGGGGAUGACUGAAAAUGAAAUACCACACUUUUAUGGAUUAGCUAAAGUGCCGAAAAAUACGUUAUUUUCUAACGAUAAGAAAAAAGAGAAAAUGGCAGCCGGGAAGAUGUGCAUCAGGAAGAGCAAGGAGGAGACUGCCGAGUGGACAGGAUUAUUCCUGAAUGACUUGAAAACAAAGCAAGAGUCCCUUGUCUUCGUCAAGAGGAUGAUGGCUGUGGCAGUCUCUUCCAUCACCUACCUCAGAGGGAUUUUUCCAGAGGAUGCCUACAGAUCCAGAUAUCUGGAAGAUUUGUGCAUCAAAGUUUUGCGUGAAGACUGCAACACCCCUGGUGCCAGCAAAGUUGUGAAAUGGAUGAUGGGCUGCUUUGAUGCAUUAGAGAAGCAGUAUCUCCAGAUUGUAUUCAUUGGGGUGUACACCAAUCCAGAUGAACCUAAUUGCAUUAUUGAGUCAUACCAGUUCAAAUUCAAAUACACUGAGAAGGGGCCAGAGAUGGACAUACUCAGGAACAAUGAUGUGGAGAUGCAGGUGACAUUGGAGGACACCAAGAGAGCCUCGGUGCUGCUCAUCAGGAAGCUCUUCCUGCUCAUGCAGAACCUGGAUGCCCUCCCCAACAAUGUGUACCUCACCAUGAAGCUCUACUAUUAUGAUGAUGUCACCCCUGCUGACUACCAACCACCAGGCUUUAAGGAGGGCGAAUGUGACAACCUCUGGUUCGAAGGCAUGGCUGUGCACUUCAAGGUGGGAGAGGUGCAGACAGCAUUCCACACCUUGAGAGUGCGCGUGUCAGCAGAACAAGGCUGGCUGGAGAAGCUUCAAAAAGGGAACCAACUGACGGGAGCCAAACAGGUUUCUCAGAGAAAUUGUCCAGAGAGGGAAGCGAUUAAGGACCCUCGAAAGAAAUCGUACGGCGAAGAGGAUCUACCUUCCGAAGAUGAGUCUGCACAGUUCAAGAAACCAAAGAGACCCCUGGCAAAGAGAAAGGCAGCUGCCAAAAAUCUGUCGAGGAAGAAAAGAAGAUUUUAGCCACAACAUUACACAAAACAAAAGCUUUGCUAGCAAUGUAAACACAAAGGUGAACUAUUUAUUAAUUUCAAUGCAGUGUUAAACACUUGUUUAACGUUAUUUUUUUAGAUAUAAAAAUGUGUU